GCAUUCAGUAGUGUAUGCGCAUGCGUGAAAACUUUUUGCCGGAUGGUGAGGCGAAAAAAACGCGAAACUUCAAUUCGAACUGUGCGCAGGUCUCGAGUGGCUGCUGUUGGUGGAGUUGAGCUAAUAAAGACGAUAGGCAAUCAUGUCAAUUAGUGGCCUAGCACAACUAAAGUCACAGAUAGGUUCUGUGGGAACAAGUAAUGAUUCUCAAAGCAGCACAAAAACAGAAAAGAAGAUUAAGACUCGAAGCAUGCCAACGUGCAGCCUUUGUCGAAAUCAUGGAAUUUCAGUUCUUUAUCGUGGCCACAAACGAAAAUGCCGAUUUGCUAUGUGUGUCUGUCAAAAAUGCACAAUGACCAAAGAAAGGCGGCGUGUUAUGUCGUGGCACGUGAAUGAGCACCGGGCCAACUACAUGGCACACAGCAGGCUUGGUGAGGCUAUGGCACCUUCGACUUGCUGUGCAAACCCUACGUCUUUUAACCACAUGCAUCCUGCGGUUUAUGAUGCCUGGCCACCAACACCUCCGGGAUUCCAGGCGUUGGUGCCAUACUCUCCUGAGUGCCCUCAACCGCAAAUAGGCCUAGGCCUACCAGUACCAACAUAUUAUCAACAUUAUAGGCCUACAGGAUUCUUGCCAUAUGAUGAAUCUUAUCCCACCCCUUCACCAAGUCCUGGCAAUAACAAUAGUGCCAUCGCUACAUUUGGAGCAGAAAAAAGUAGCCAGUUAUUAAGCUUAUCAAACUAUUAUUAUCCAACUGAGCAUACGGCAGAAGGAUGGAGGCCCAUUGGAGUUGGAAACGGUUGUCCGACGAUACAUGUACAAGGCCAACAACACAAUGAAAAUCAGCUACAGAAAUAGAAAAGAAUAGCAUCUACCCACCGAUGAAGUAGUUUUUUAUUUUGAAAAUUUCAUUUUUACAUAGGCCUAUUUUAAAAUUCAGUAUUUUAUAACUAUGCUCUAUCUAGCUAAUUUUUAUAUUAUUUCAAAUUUUAUACCUAUAUUUUUAUGCAUUUAUAAUAUUUGGAAUUAAUUUUAUAAUUUAAAUUAAUAGAAAAACUAAAAUAUCUCGUUUGUAUUUAUAUUUAAUUUCUAGACUAUAUUUUAGUUAAAUUCAUCAUUCAUAUUAACAUUUCCUAGAUAUUAUCUUUUGUAAUAUUUAACAUUAUUUAUAAUAGUUUAAAUUUAGUUUGAUGUUACAAUUU